AUGGCCCAUCCUACAGAAGCCUGGAGAGAAAGUCAGUUCAAGGAUAUUGUCACCAAAGUUGCAAACAUAGAGCUGUAUUACAAAGCUAUUCAGUUCUACCUGGACUAUAAACCAAUGUUGCUUAAUGACCUGCUUCUGGUUCUAACGCCCAGACUCGACCACACUCGCUCGGUCAACUUCUUCACCAAGGCUAACCAGAUCCCCCUCGUCAAGCCUUACCUGCGGUCUGUUCAGAAGAACAACAACAAGGCCAUUAACGAGGCUCUUAACAACCUGUUCAUUGAGGAGGAGGACUACCAGGGACUUCGGGCAUCUAUUGAUGCAUAUGAAAACUUUGACAACAUCUCCCUGGCCCAGCGUCUAGAGAAGCAUGAGUUGAUUGAAUUCAGGAGAAUAGCAGCCUACUUGUACAAAGGCAACAACAGGUGGAAGCAGUCGGUUGAUCUUUGCAAAAAGGAUAAACUAUUCAAGGAUGCCAUGAUGUACGCCGGAGAAUCACGACAAGUGGAUAUUGCAGAGGACCUGAUCGCCUGGUUCCUGGAGAGUCAAAACAACGAGUGCUUUGCUGCAUGUCUGUUCCAGUGCUACGACCUACUGCGGCCUGACGUCAUCCUGGAGCUUGCUUGGCGACACAACAUCAUGGACUUCGCCAUGCCUUACAUGAUUCAGGUCAUGAGAGAAUACAUCGGCAAGGUCAACAGUCUAGUUGUGAAGGUGGACAAGUUGGAGCAGUCGGAGGCUGUGAGGAGUGAGGAGGAACAGAAGGCUGAAGAAAGGCCCAUUGUCUUCUCUGAACCUCAGUUGAUGUUGACAGCCGGCCCCGGAGUUGUCCCCCCUGGGGUUGUUCCUCCCCAGCCUGGCUAUGGUGGUGCAUAUGGUGCAGGACCAAUGCCAACAGGAAUGCCGUUCGGCUACAGCAUGUAG